AUGGUGAAACUGGGGAGUAAUCUUCAAGACAAAGGGGCCAAACCUGUGAGUGUAGAGGACGGCUUUCAGAAUGUGCCCCUCAUCACUCCUCUGGAUGUUGGCAGCCUCCAGAGCCAAGCACCUGACAAGGUGGUGGUGAAAACUCGCACAGAGUACCAGACAGAGAAGAAAAGGCUGAAGGUUCCUAAGGUGGAGGAGUUCACCAUCAGCUUUACUGACGGGGUGUCUGAGAGACUUAAGGUGACGAUUCUGAUCAUCCUGGCCCUGGCCUUCCUCGCCUGCAUCGUGUUCCUGGUGGUUUAUAAAGCCUUCACCUACGACCACGCCUGCCCCGAUGGAUUCAUUUAUAAGCACAAGCGGUGUAUCCCAGCCUCUCUGGAAGCGUACUACGCUGCCCAGGAUGCCAACUCGCGGGGCCGUUUCUACACAGUGAUCAGCCACUAUAGCAUGGCCAAGCAGACCACCUCGCACUCCGUCUCCCCUUGGCUGCCUGGAGGGGUAGCGGGGCAGCAGCAUGAUGCUAAACCCCCAAGCGGCGAGGGGCACUGA